CGUUGAUGGAUAAUAAAUGAUGAUGAAAGAGAGAGAAAAAAAAACUGGUUGACGAUGUUGACCUGUCCGGCAUUUUACCUGUCAAAAAAAAAACAUGAAUGGAUGAACACGCAAGCAAAAUGAAUAGCCAUUGAAACGAGAAUCAACAACAACAACAACAACAAUAAUGGAUCCAUUAAAUUAAAUUAUCAUCUCUAAAAAAAAAAAAAAAAAUUUUUCAUUUUCCAGAUAAAUCUGCCUGCAUGUAUCGAUUUAUAAUUGAUUUGUUUUUCUUUUGUUGACAAGAAGAAAACACACACACACACAUACAGAUAUGGCUAUUCAAAUUAAAAAUCGUAAAAAACAAGCCACUGAUAAUUUGAAUUCGAAUCAAAUAUCUGAAUCAUCAUCAUCAUCGCCAAAUGAAUAUGAAGAUGAUAAUGGCAAACCGAACGAAAAAAAUCUCAAAAAUGUGACAACAAAUUGCCACGAAAAUUUGAUACGACAAUGGUUUACCAAAAAGAAUGGCAUCGCCAAUAAAAAUACCACCAAUGAUUUGAUGAUGGCAAAAAUUUCUGAAAAUGAAACGGAAUUUCCAUUAGCCAUCACUUUUCGUAUCAACAUUAUGGUGUUAAUACUUUUUUCAAUAGCAUUCGGUUUUCGAAUCUAUGAAUUGGAUCAGCCACGAAGCAUAGUUUUUGAUGAAUUACAUUAUGGUCGAUUUGUAUCAUUAUAUUUACGGCGAACAUUUUUCUUCGAUUCACAACCACCACUUGGUAAACAAUUAAUUGCUUUAAGUGCCUAUCUUUCCGGUUAUAAAGGUGAAUUUAAUAAUUUCACCAAUAUUGGACAAGAUUAUGAUGCAAAUUUUCCAAUACGUGCCUUUCGUUUGGUUCCCGCUCUUUGUGGUAGUUUAUUGAUAAUAAUUAUUUAUCAAUUUGUCAUCGAAAUUGGUUUCCAUCAUACUAUUGCAUUUCUAUCAUCAUUGUUGCUUAUUUUUGAAAAUUCUCUACUCACACAAUCUAGAUUCAUUCUUUUGGAUACGAUAUUAAUGUUUUUUUCAUUUCUUGGCCUAUUAUCAUUUUUGAUUGGCAGAAAAAAAUUAUUAUUUUCAAAAUCAUGGCUAUUUUGGAAUAUAAUUUCGGCAAUAAGUUUAACUUGUGGUGUUUGUGUUAAAUAUAUUGGAAUAUUUACUUUAUUACAAGUGCAAAUACUUUCAUUUUGGAAUGUAUUCGAUAAAUUAUCGGAUAAGACAAUGAAAACGAUUCAUUUAUGGCUAUUACUUUUGUAUAAAUCGUGUAUAUUUAUCCUGUUGCCCAUUGUAUUCUAUUGCUUUAUAUUUUAUAUUCAUCUUUCGGUUUUGAUCAAAGCUGGUCCACAUGAUAAUAUUAUGACUAGUGCUUUUCAGGCCAGUCUUGAAGGUGGAUUAGCAUCAAUUAUUCGUGGUCAACCAAGAGAAAUAGCACAUGGUUCACAGAUAACCUUACGAAACACUCAUGGACGUACAUGUUGGUUACAUUCACAUCAUGCUGUUUAUCCGAUUCGUUAUCCAGAUAAACGUGGAAGUUCUCAUCAACAACAAGUGACUUGUUAUUCAUUCAAAGAUGUUAAUAAUUGGUGGAUUGUUAAAAGACCUAAUGUUGAUGACUUAAUCACUCAUGAACCACGUGAUAAUAUUAAAAAUGGUGACAUUAUUCAACUUGUUCAUGGAUUAUCGGGUCGUACAUUGAAUAGCCAUGAUAUUGCUGCUCCAAUGUCACCAUAUAAUCAAGAAGUUUCUUGUUACAUUGAUUAUAACAUAUCAAUGCCAGCACAAAAUUUAUGGCGUGUAAAAUUGUUAAAUUCUGACGACACCAGUGAUUAUUGGCAUGCAAUAAAUUCACGUGUACAAUUAAUUCAUAUCAAUUCUAGCCAAGCAUUAAAGUUAAGUGGCACACAAUUACCAGCUUGGGGUCAUCAUCAACAUGAAAUAGUAACCGAUAAACAAAUCAAUCAUCCAAAUACCAUAUGGAAUGUUGAAGAACAUCGUUAUACAAAAAAUUCUGAUGGAAAAGAAAUUGAACGUGAACUUGGAAUGGCUGAAUUUGUACCAUUAAGUCCUACAUAUCUUUCGUUUUGGGAUAAAAUGUUUGAAUUGCAAUAUAAAAUGUUGAUCAAUACGGAAAAUAUACAAAAUCAUAUCUACAGUACUGAUUCACCAUUAGAUUGGCCUUUCCUUACCAAAGGUAUUGCCUAUUGGCUUAGCCCUAAAAGUAAUGCUCAAAUAUAUUUGAUUGGAAAUAUUUUUCUUUGGUAUUUUGGAAUAUUUGCCAUGGUUACCUAUUGGUCGUUAUUUUUAUUCUAUCAAUUACGACGUAAACGUCUCAUCAAUGAUAUUUCUGAAGAUAAUUGGGAACAAUUUUUAUUGAUUGGACGAAUAAUUGCCAUCGGUUAUUUGAUUCAUUUUUUGCCGUAUUUUUUUUCGGAACAAACAUUAUUUCUUCAUCAUUAUUUACCGGCACUAAUGUUCAAAAUAAUGCUCAUACCAAUGAUUAUUGGUCAUCUGAAUCAAUGCGUGCCAAAUCGAAUUAUUUUUUCCAUUUUUAUUACCAUUGCCAUAAUUAUAGCUGCAUCAUAUACAUUUGUUCAAUUUUUACCAUUCAGCUAUGGACUUAAAGAAUUUAGUGCUAGUGAAAUCAUGAAAUUGAAAUGGAAAAAAACUUGGCAUUUUUUAAUACACAAACGAUGGUGAUUUAUCUUAAAUCUCUUAUUUAUUUAUAUUUUCUUUUAAAUAAAUAUAUUUUUUGUAUGA